UUUUUUUUUUUUUUUUCUGAAACUCAUCAUUUUGGAUCCUGGAUUUGGAAGGAGUGCUGAUUUGCACAUACUAAUGUCUGGUCUUAUUUAUUAUUAUUAUUAUUAUUAUUAUUUUCUUUUUUUGUUCCUGUGUAAAUCAGCUUGAAGAUUUACCUCCCUCCCCCCUGCUAUCCCCCCAAGUGCCAAUUCGGAUUUCUUUUUUCUUUUAACAUUUUUUUUUUUUUUUUUUUGCUCUGUUCUUCAAAUAUAUCUGUUGUCGUUUAAAGCAAUCAGAAACCAGAGAAAAUCUCUACCCAGCCCUUUGGAGCCUGCGACUCUCCUGCAUAUGGAAGGAAAACUGGAUUAAUAGCAUGGUUUCUUUUUUUUUUUUUUGAUCUGCAGUUUGCUCUUCACUUCAGACUGAUGUUUUGAAGGCAGAUUCUUUCAGUGAUUUUUUUCUUUUUUCUUUUUUUUUUUUUUAGCCUAGAGCGUUAACCUUGAAGAGAUUUGUGGUUGGGUUUUGGUUUCUAAGAAGGUCACCGCUUUUCCUCUUUUUAAAAAAAUUUUAAAAGAUAUUUUUUCUUUUUUGGGGGAGAGAGGCUGGGAAGAGGGGUUGCAAAGGCAAGAAGCAUGUUGACUGGGUGCAGUAGAAUGGAGCUUCAGUUACCUGGGUCCUGAGAGCCAGAGGAUUCCAUCUGCAAGUUGGGAGGCCUCCCUCUCCCCUUGCCUGGAAAUUGCAAGCGAUUCAGUCGCAAUCAAGACAGCAAAACUACCAGAUUCUGGAGCUGUGGCACUCGGAGAAACCAUGAGUGUAAGAUUACCGCAGAGCAUAGACAGAUCAGCCAAUAAAAAGCAGUCUCACCUGUCCAGCCCCAUUGCAGCCUGGUUAAGUAGCCUGUCAUUGGGAGAUUCGGCACCUGAGCGCAAGUCCCCUUCCCACCAGCGCCAAUCCUCUGACAUCUCUGAGACAGCAGGUCUUGUUCAACGCUGUGUCAUCAUCCAGAAAGACCAGCAUGGCUUUGGCUUCACGGUCUGCGGGGACCGCAUCGUUCUGGUGCAAUCUGUGCGGCCAGGCGGUGCAGCCAUGAAAGCUGGUGUCAAAGAAGGCGACCGAAUCAUUAAGGUGAAUGGCACGAUGGUGACCAAUAGUUCACACCUGGAGGUGGUGAAGCUUAUCAAAUCGGGGGCCUAUGUUGCCCUUACCCUCCUGGGCUCAUCACCAGCAUCUAUUGGUGUCUCUGGACUCCAGCAAGACCCAGCCCCUGCAGGAGCUCCCCGGGUCACCCCUCUAACACCGCCACCUCCUCCUCCUCCACCUCUGCCACCUCCACAGCGUAUCACAGGACCUAAACCUCUACAGGACCCCGAAGUUCAGAAACAUGCCACCCAGAUUCUUAGGAAGAUGCUGAGACAGGAGGAAAAGGAGUUGCAGCAUUUCUGUGAGGUGUAUAACCGGAACCCCGCCAGCCUGCUGGAAGAGCAGAUCGAAGGUGCCCGGCGGCGAGUCUCCCAGUUACAGCUGAAGAUCCAGCAGGAGACUGGUGGCUUAGUGGAUGGCGAUACCAGCCAGAGAGCAUCAGAGGGCCGACUCUCCCUGGAUUCCCAGGAGGGGGACAGUGGUUUGGACUCUGGGACCGAGCGCUUUCCUUCCCUCAGUGAGACCUUGUUGAAUCGGAACUCAGUUUUAUCAGACCCUGGUCUGGAUAGUCCUCGAACUUCCCCUGUCAUCAUGGCCCGCGUGGCCCAGCACCACCGGCGACAGGGCUCCGAUGUGCCUGUCCCCCACACCAGUGACCAGGGUGCAGAGCAAAGCCCAAAGCCUUUAAUCAUUGGCCCGGAAGAAGAUUACGACCCAGGUUAUUUCAACAACGAGAGUGACAUCAUAUUCCAGGAUCUUGAGAAACUUAAAUCUCGGCCAGCCCACUUGGGGGUUUUUCUGCGGUACAUCUUCUCUCAAGCUGACCCCAGCCCGCUGCUUUUUUACUUGUGUGCAGAAGUUUAUCAGCAGACAAAUCCUAAGGAGUCACGAAGCUUAGGAAAGGACAUCUGGAAUAUUUUCCUAGAGAAAAACGCGCCUCUGAGAGUCAAGGUCCCAGAGAUGUUGCAGGCUGAAAUCGAUUUGCGCCUGCGCAAUGGUGAGGAUGCCCGAACCAUUAUCUGUGAUGCCCAGGAGGCAGCUAUCCCAGAGAUCCAGGAGCAGAUCCUCGACUACAGAACAAAGCGAACCCUGGGGCUUGGCAGCCUCUAUGGGGAGAACGACCUGUUGGAGCUGGACAGGGACCCCCUCCGAGAGCGCCAUGUGGCUGAGAAGCAGAUGGCUGCCUUGGGUGAUAUUCUGUCCAAAUACGAGGAAGAGAGGAGUGCUCCCAUGGACUUCGCCCUCAGCACCUACAUGAACCAUGCUGGAAUCCGGCUUCGAGAGACACGGCCUAGCAGCCUGGCUGAAAAGGCUCCAUCGGCUCCUGACAAGGACAAGUGGCUGCCCUUCUUCCCCAAGACCAAGAAGAGCAGUAACUCCAAGAAGGAAAAGGAUGCCCUGGAAGACAAGAAGCGAAACCCCAUCCUCAAGUACAUCGGGAAACCCAAAAGCUCUUCCCAGAGCAUCAAGCCUGGCAAUGUGAGAAACAUCAUCCAGCACUUUGAGAACAACCAGCAAUAUGAUGCUCCAGAGCCAGGCACCCAGCGGCUCUCCACAGGCAGCUUCCCUGAGGACCUGCUGGAGAGUGACAGUUCUCGAGCUGAGAUCCGUCUGGGCCGCUCAGAAAGCCUCAAGGGCAGGGAGGAGAUGAAGCGGUCCCGGAAGGCGGAGAAUGUGCCUCGGUCUCGCAGUGAUGUGGACAUGGAUGCCGCUGCUGAGGCUGCCCGCUUACACCAGUCUGCUUCGUCCUCCGCCUCCAGCCUCUCUACCAGAUCUUUGGAGAACCCAACCCCUCCCUUCACCCCCAAAAUGGGUCGCAGGAGCAUCGAGUCCCCCAGCCUGGGUUUCUGCACAGAUGCCCUCCUUCCGCACCUUCUAGAGGAUGACCUUGGCCAGCUCUCUGAUCUGGAGCCAGAGCCAGAUGCCCAGAACUGGCAGCAUACUGUGGGCAAAGACGUAGUGGCCAGCCUGAGCCAGAGGGAGAUUGAACGGCAGGAAGUGAUAAAUGAGCUAAUGGUGACCGAGUCCUCCCAUUUGCGCACACUCCGGGUCCUGGACCUGAUCUUCUACCAGCGCAUGAGGAAGGAGAGCCUCCUGCCCCGCGAGGAGCUGGUGCGGCUCUUCCCCAACCUGCCGGAGCUCAUCGAGAUCCACAACUCCUGGUGUGAAGCCAUGAGGAAGCUCCGGGAGGAGGGCCCCAUCAUCAGGGACAUUGGUGACCUCAUGCUGGCUCGGUUUGACGGCCCUGCCCGUGAGGAGCUACAGCAGGUAGCGGCCCAGUUCUGCUCCUCUCAGUCCAUUGCCCUGGAACUGAUCAAGACCCGACAGCGCAAGGAGAGUCGGUUCCAGCUCUUCAUGCAGGAGGCCGAGAGCCACCCUCAGUGCCGGCGGCUACAGCUACGGGACCUCAUCAUCUCUGAGAUGCAGCGGCUCACCAAGUACCCCCUGCUACUGGAGAACAUUAUCAAGCACACAGAGGGUGGUAGCUCCGAGCAUGAGAAGCUAUGCAGGGCCCGGGAUCAGUGCCGGGAAAUUCUCAAGUACGUGAACGAAGCUGUGAAGCAGACUGAGAACCAGCACCGGCUUGAGGGCUACCAGAAGCGCCUGGACACCACAUCACUGGAGAGGGCCAGCAACCCCCUGGCUGCAGAGUUCAAGAGCCUGGACUUGACCACCAGGAGGAUGAUUCAUGAGGGGCCUCUGACCUGGAGAAUCAGCAAGGACAAGACCUUAGAUCUCCACGUGCUGCUGCUGGAAGACCUCCUGGUACUGCUGCAGAAGCAAGAUGAGAAGCUGCUACUCAAAUGCCACAGCAAGACUGCUGCAGGUGCCAUGGACAGCAAGCAGACCUUCAGCCCGGUGCUCAAGCUCAAUGCCGUGCUCAUCCGCUCCGUGGCCACAGACAAACGGGCCUUCUUCAUCAUAUGUACCUCUGAGUUGGGCCCCCCACAGAUCUAUGAGCUGGUGGCACUGACAUCGUCAGACAAGAACACGUGGAUGGAACUCUUAGAAGAGGCAGUACGGAAUGCCACCCGCCGCCCCACAGCCACCCCUACGCCAGCCCGUCCUCCAGCCCCCAUGCCCCAGGAACCUGCCCACCAGAGCCCCACGCCCAGCAGCAGGGAGGGGCUGGAUGACUCAGAUGUGGACGUGUUCCCCCGGGAGCCAGAGCCUGAGAUGCUGACUGAAAGUGCCUUCCUGGGCCAACCUGAUGAUCUUGGGGGCACAGGUGCUGGGCCCCAGCAGAAGGUCAGAGGGACACACCCCACACUGUCGGAGAACCCUGAGCAGGAAGUCACAUUACCAGCAGUGGCAGAACUAGCAACAGUGUCACAGCCUCCUGUGCCCAUGACUGGAGGGACCAGAGGCAGCAGGACCCGAGAACCCCUCCUUCUGCCCCUCCCAGACUCACUGCUCCUGGGAGGCCUUGCCGAGGCAGCCCUGGAAGAUGUGGAGAACCUGCGGCACCUCAUCCUCUGGAGUCUGCUGCCAGCUCCGCCCCCAGAACCACAUGCUGCCGGUGAGCCUGAGGACGACCUGACACCAACACCCUCUGUCAUCAGCGGCACCUCCCAUCCCUGGGAUCCCGGCUCUCCAGGGCCAGGUCCCACCAGAGGCAAAGGAGACACCCCCCAGCCCUCAGAGCCAGAGCAGCAGACAGCCCCAGUUGGCUGUUCCCUGGAGCACCUGCCCCCAAGGACCAGGCAUUCGGGGAUUUGGGAGUCUCCCGAGCUGGACAGGAAGUCAGAGGAAGAGGCGACAGGAAGCUACAAAGUUGUGAGAAAAGCUGAGGUGGCAGGCAGUGAGGCUGUCCCUGCACUCCCCGAGAGGGGCCCACCAGGGCCCGAGCCACCUGAAGUAGAAGGCGGAACAAAGGCUGCGGGAAACUGUUUCUAUGUCAGCAUGCCAGCAGGACCCCUGGACUCGAGCACCGACCCUGCAGGGGCCCCCAGGAGCCCCUCGCAGCCCAGCAGCCUCCCUACCUGGCAGCCUCAGCAUCCACUGCAGCAGCAGGGGGCUCCAGGGGACCAAAGACGCCCCAGCCUGCCACUCAGGGAUGUGGGCCUGAUCUUCAGCACCAUUGAGCAGCUCACACACAAGCUCCACAGGCUCAAGGACAUGGAGCUGGCACACAGGGAGCUGCUUGAGUCCCUCGGGGCCGAGUCGUCAGGUGGCACCACGCCUGUGGGAAGCUUCCAAACCGAGGCCACACGCUGGACACUCAGUUCCCUGUCACCUCCAGACAUGGACCCCCUGGCCACCAAUUCCAGGGAUAGCCAGGAAUCGGGGCCAUGCCUCGAGCGUGGUGCCGACACCCCUCCGGAGGAAAACAAGGUGGACUGAGCCACAGGUGCCCUGGGUCUGUAGCUGCCAGGACCACCAGACCAAUCCUUCUCGUCUCCACUACUCUAGGGAGUGGCCCAAAGUAGGGGCACAGGCCAGGGUACUCCAGCCCUCCUCAUGGCAGAGGCAGUUAAUGAGACCUAGGGAGCCCCCCCGCAUGUUGCUUGGUCUGUUCAGAUCAGAAUUGUCAGUGUCCCCACCCCCACCCCAGGGCCUCACCGGCCUAGCAUGCCCACUGCGUCCACACGUCUGUCCUCAGCCCUUUGGGAAGGAGGGGGCUUCCGUAUAAUUGCACUUUCUCCCACCCAGGACCCCCAGCUGAGGUGGGCUGCCUCACCUGAGGCUUUGGUUCCCUGUCCAUAUGUACACAUCCCUGACCCUAUGUGCAUCUUUGCUGUUGUAAAUAAUUUGGACCUUUUCAGCUUUUGUGCUGGGAUGCUGGAAGCAGUGAAAGAAGAGGCUUGCUUGCACCUCCUAGUUACCAGGCUGUCCUGGCCUGGCCCCCACGGGUGGGGGAUGAGGGCGUUCUCUGCCUUAGGGCCGCCAGGCCUGAGAGCCCAGCCUCUGCGCUUGGUGCUGAUCCUCUGGCCCUCUCUGCCUGGGGCCGCUCAUCACCCCCACGUCCACCUUUCCCCACCUCACCACAGAAAACCAGUGUAUCCAGUAUGGUACGGAGCUGAAGAUUGGGCCCCAGGAGGUGGGGCAUGGUGGGGCAAAUGCUGGAGACCUUGAUUAACAACCCAGGACCAUCCAAGGGGCUGCGGCCACACUGGCCUCCAUUUCCAUGUGUCCACUCCUCCCUCCACUGACUAAUAGAAUAUACACACUGUGCUAGGUGUAUAUAUACAUAUAUAUAUAUAUAAAUAUAUAUAAUAUAUAAAAUAUAGAUAUGGAAAUGACUGUUUUUGCUGUUAAAAUAAUGUAUACUCUUAUUUUCUUUCAUGGUUAAGUUUUUUUUUUUUUUUUUAAGAAAAGUUAAAUAUUCUUCAACUGUG